AUGUUCGAGAAAAUGACAACGAAAGAAAGAAAGUUGAAAUCCCUCGAUCUCCAAAAGACAACUGUUUCGAAAGCUAUGUUUAUUUUUUUCGUGUUAAUACACGUUAUAUUCUGUUUGGAUUUCGGCUUCAUAAGAUUUAAAUCUUCAAAAGCCAAGCUAGUUUUUAAAGCAUUAACACUGUUCCUUUCUGCCGUUAUAGUGUCAACAUGUUUUAUCUCUUUCUAUUUGUCUUCCGACAUACAUACCCAUAUAACAAGUUCUAUGCAUUUAUUAAGAUAUAUCAUUUAUGUAUUCAUUUUGUCAUUUCGUAACGACUCCACUCUUUUCGAUUUACAAGAAACUUUGAAUAUAAUAAAUUCCAAAUAUGGUUACACCAGUUUCAAAUUAGAUAUCAAAAUUAUUUUAUGUACUCUCUCUAUAUUUAUGUUUGAUACCGUUCUUGCAAUAAUGAAGUACACACUUAUCGAUCCAAAUUGUGAAAUUCUUAAACCACUUUCGUUAUUAAUUAUUGUACCAAUAAUUGCGAUAGAUUUUGUUUUAAUUGUUUAUUUCUUUUUGUUCUAUUCUGUUUUUUGUCAUUUGCGUGUGUUUAGCCUACAUUUGCCUAAAAGCGAUAUUGUCGUCAGUCAAACAGUUUAUAAAGAGUUCGUCGAUAUAACUGAAAAGACUAGAAAGGUUUUUGACUGUGCUUGUAGUCAAAUAAAAUUCAGGAUUCUGUCGUUUGUGAUCAUAAAGAUGGCCAUACUGACAUUUGCACCAGUACUAGCUUGUGAGAAGUUGGCAUUCCAAGCGGAAGAUAUAAAGGCGAUCUUACAUGACCGUCUCCUUGAAGAAAAAAAUGAAUGUAAUGUGAAAUAUAUCAAACGAUUUAUUAACUACGUAGCCGCUCGGCCGAUAGCUUCUCGCGCUUUGAAAAUAGUUCCACUAAACUUUUCGCUUAUCAUUAUCAUUCUGCAGUUAUGCAUUGAUUAUAUUAUAAUAACUAUACAGUUUAGUCAUUUGUAUUAG